CUGCUGCGGCUGCUGGGGCAGCACGACGUGGUGGUGGUCAGCGGGGCCACCGGGUGCGGGAAGAGCACCCAGGUGCCGCAGUACAUCUUGGAGGACGCGAUUGCGGCGGGCGAGGGCGCCAAAUGCAACAUCGUAGUGACUCAGCCCCGCCGUAUCUCCGCCCUCGGCCUAGCCUCCCGUGUCGCCUCCGAGCGGGGGGAGGCGGUGGGCGGGGUGGUGGGUUACAGUGUACGACUGGAGCACCGUACCUCCGCAGCCACCCGCCUCACCUUCGUCACCACCGGAAUAUUGCUCAGGCGGCUGCUGUCAGACCCUGACUUACAAGACGCCACCCACAUCGUGUUAGAUGAGGUUCACGAACGCAGCAUUGAAAUCGACCUGCUACUGCUGCUCCUGAGAGACGUUCUC